ACUGAUCAGCACAUUUUUCCAAGUGCACAAGCCAUGGCGACAGAAGGGCGUGUUGGAGAGGUUUGAGAGUUGUCAAGAAAAGGUGCCCGAGUAGCAUCGCCAAUGGUGAACUCCUUUUGGUGGAACAACAGAGGGCGUUGUUGACUCUAUCAAACUUCGAUUGUACUGUGGUGGCAGUAAGUUGCAGCACCAUGCCCCGUCAUGACGGAACGGGGAGCAAAGGUGCCCCGCCAGCUCCAAGGCUAGUUGUGAGGUCAUCUUGCUUUGACCAUCCCAAGUCUGACAUUGACAACUACGUACACAACCACCCCUUCAACAAUGCCAUGGAGCUUCUGCUGCCAGUUCUGCCAGGCAGCGACUCCAAGCAGCUCGUCAUUACAAACACCGACGCCCUCGGAACCCCCCAGCCUUUCUUCCAGGGCUUCCGAGCCCCUCUCAGCACCUUUGUGAGCCCCCACUUUGUAUCAACCUAUGUCAAGAGUGCGGCCGAGUUUGUGGCCAUCUCAAAUGCUACCCCGAUCGACCGCACAGAUGCUGCCACUGUCUCCCCUGACGGCAAGCUCCACCUGGCUCUGACGAAGCAGAGCUACGAAACGCUGGGCCUUGUUGGAACAACCUCCGCCUUUCAGCCCCACAAUCGGCACAACGUCACCAUCGACCUCCGCGCCAAGUCCUUUGUCCCCGGCCGGAAGCUGCACGACCGGGUGCAGGAGUGCUUGACGAAGCGGGCAGGAUCUCUAGAAUUCCUCGCCCUCUGCAUCAAGGACGGCAAACCUCUAGAGGUUUUCGAAGUGGCCGGAGUCAAGCACCGCGUAGAAAGAGAUGAUCGAACGGUGGAGAAACUGCGGCUGCCAAUGCUGAACCAACCGCAAGGAGAGGCGGUGCGUGGAGAGGCCAUGGAUGCGGCCCAGCCCAUGGAGUUUGACUGGGGGACUCCCGAUGCAAGUUCCUGGGAUACACCCCCGGUCACGCAGUUCGGCCCUCCAGCAAGUGAAACGCUCCCGGAAGCCUUCCAACCGGGGCAACAACGAGACGUGGAAGAGAGCGGAGAGGGGCAGCGGCACGACAGACAACACUCGGCUGCGGGUGCAGGGGGUCCCCCGACGGAGGCGAAGCAGGGGGAUCUCCUAACGGACGACCGCUUUCUCCUCGCGCUGCAUGAGUGGCUGGGGGCGGUGGCUUGCGGAGCAGCAGGAGCAGAGGUGCGGACCGAUCUGGCAGGGACACGUGUCGACUCCGGACAGCCUGCUUCCAACCACGACUGGUUUGCGGACUGCCACGUGGCCAAUCAGGACGGGGCCGCUCGCGCCGUACGGUGGACUGGGCUUAUAGCCCCCUCGCAGGUCCUCUGCUGCAUUGGACUCGCAAGACGGCUGAUUGCGGAGAAGCGGGUUCCGUGGGCCGCGCUCACGGUCUGGGGAUUUGCGGAUGCGCCGGUGUCUUGGUAUGGAGCGGAGCACGGCUACGCACACAGCGGCGAGAAUGACUACUCGCUGGUGAUGCUGGAAGACGGGCGGUACCUCCUCUACAGUGCCGCGUGCGGCCAUGAUGCGAUGAAGCUCGGCUAGUCGGCGGAAGGCAAACCCUGCGAUGUGCGACAACACGAAGGGGGCUGAGGCAGAAACCAGAGCAGUAACUGACUGUGCCUGAAGUUAAGAUUGUGGUCGCUAGGCAGAGCUCGAGAACGAAUAUCAGGACUUUGACGACGUUCCGCCAAAAUUGAUCGAUCACAAACUAAAUGCGUCCCAGGUCGCGCAACUGGCUCCCCUACAGAUAAGGUUCGCUGUGGUGCACGGACUUGACGCAAUGAUUUCGAUCAAACAUGCGACUGCGAUGUGCAAGUUGCAGGUUUCCGAC